CUUGCAUGGACCACUUCUUCAGUUAAUCUUUGACCGGAGAGGUGUGCACAGUGCCAGAGCCAUGAAAACCAUAUGUGUGCUAGUGGUGGCUUUCGCCGUGGCGCAAGCCGAAUACAAUGCCGGUGUCCGUGACGUUUUCGAUGUCUACAAGGAAUGCAGCCAGUCGGACGGUUUUUCGCCGUGCCUCAAGAAGAAGGCCAUCGGCUACCUGGACCGCCUGGCCAGGAUGAACCGUUUCACCAUCGACGACGGCGUCACCCUCACCCACCAGCCGGACACCACCCCUGUCGUAACCGAGGAACAAUUAGAUGCCAACCUGCCUAGGGCGUUGGACGCCAAGGACGCCGCCCUCACCGACAUCGCCCUCGACAAGGUGUCCAGCAUCCUCGACUCCAGCAACAUCCAAAUCUCUUUGUCCAAGUUAGUCCAGGAGGACGACAACGUUGAAGAAAGUCGCAAGAAGAAGGACAAGAAGGGCAUGAUGGGCGACAUAGGAAUGCUCAUAGCGGCCAAACUGGCCGCCAUCCUCCCCCUGAAGAUCGCCAUCAUCGCCUUCAUAGCCAAGAAGGCGUUGAUCGUAGCCAAAAUCGCCCUGCUGAUCUCCGGAGUCAUCGCCGUCAAGAAGCUCCUGGCCUCCAAGGGCGGAAGCGGCGGCCACAGCGGCGGCGGCCACGGAGGGUGGCAAUCCAGCGGCGGAGGAUGGGACAAACGCUCCAUGGACGAAGCCCAGAGCCUCGCCUACAGCGCCUACAAACCCCAAUAUUCAUUGGUUGUACAGUGCAUCCGUCCGGUCCAGAAGAAAAUGAGGCACGCGUGUGUUUUAGUGGCCGCACUAAUCUGUUCAGUGGCCGGCACCAGUUCGGACAGUUCCGGUGUUAGUGUCGUCCUGAAAUUGUACGAGGAAUGCAGCCGGACCGACGGACUCUCGCCGUGCCUGAAGAAGAAGGCGCUGACGAUGCUGGACCGUUUGGGCCGCAUGGAGCGGCUGACGCUGGCCGAGGGUGUGACGGUGGUGCACCACGUGGACGAGGCACCGGCCAUGACGGAGGAGCAGCUGGAGGCGACGCUGCCCCGGGCCGCGGACGCCAGGGACGACGCCCUUACCCACUUGAUCAUCGAGAGGGCCACCAAGUUCAUCGGGGGGAGCACCCUGGAGAUAUCCCCCAGGUUGAUCGAAGAGGAGUUGGAGGAAGGACGUGAUGGCUUGGGAGGUGGCAAGAAGGGUGGACUGGGAGGAGGCAAGGGUGGCAAGAAGGACAUGAUGGGGGGACUGAUGAUGAUGGUCGCCGCCAAAUUGGCUGGACUCAUCCCCAUCGCCAUAGCAGGCCUCUUCCUGCUGGCUGGCAAAGCUUUGAUCACUGCCAAGGUGGCCCUGCUCCUCUCCGGCAUCAUAGCCUUGAAGAAACUGUUCGCAGCCAAAGGGGGACAAGGUGGACACGUGGAGCACGUGCACGCCUCACCGCACGGUGGUGGAUGGGAGUCCAGCGGACACGGACACGGAGGCUGGGACAAGAGGUCUCUAGAUGGUGCCCAGGAUCUUGCCUACAAAGCUUACGUGCCACAAUCAUAACAUAAUAGACCAAUUUUCUGGUCCGUUU